AUGCAUACAGGAUUAUUCGUAGCUACUGCUCUUGCUGCUGGUACAGUAGGCGUCAUUGCUGCAACUGGUCUUGGUAUAGCAGCUGCACGUAGAGUAGGUUCAGCUUACGGUACGACAGUUCAACAAAUGUACGAACAACAAGCAAUGGCUGAUUAUUAUAAUCAACAACCAUACUAUCAAUAUUCAGGAGGAUCACAUUACCCUUAUCAUCAAUCAGGUGCAUAUUAUCAACCAAAAUCCUAUCAUCAAAGUCGACAUUCUUAUGGUUACUAUUAA